AUGGCGAUGGUAAGUGCGGCCUAUGCUGAACACCUCAUGUCCUUUUCACGGGCGGCGUUUCCUUCGCGAUUGGAUUCCAUCAACUUACCGUUGAACCCUGCUAAAAACUAUUUGCGAUCUGUAGGAGAAAUCACCACCAAGGAGCUUGGCACCGUCAUGCGCUCCCUCGGCCAGAACCCCUCCGAGUCUGAGCUGCAGGAUAUGAUCAACGAGGUCGAUGCCGAUAACAACGGUACCAUCGAUUUCCCCGAGUUCCUGACCAUGAUGGCCCGUAAGAUGAAGGACACCGACUCCGAGGAGGAGAUCCGUGAGGCCUUCAAGGUCUUUGACCGUGAUAACAACGGUUUCAUCUCCGCCGCUGAGCUGCGCCACGUCAUGACCUCCAUCGGCGAGAAGUUGAGCGACGAUGAGGUUGACGAGAUGAUCCGCGAGGCCGACCAAGACGGCGAUGGACGUAUCGACUACAACGAGUUCGUCCAGCUCAUGAUGCAAAAAUAA